AUGGCGUUUUUGGACCGCGUAAAUAUCGCAAAUGCAGUGAUAUUCGGACUGAAGGAGGAACUGAAGCUCAGUGGCCUGGAGUAUAAUACUUGUUUAACUAUAUUUUUUGCGCCGUAUAUUUUAUUAGAAAUCCCGUCGAAUGUAUUGAUGAAGAAAUUGAGGCCUCGAGUUUGGCUUCCGAUAUGUAUGUUCAUGUUCGGACUCGUUACUACGAUGCAGGGAUUCGUACACAAUUAUACCGGGAUUCUAACGACGAGGUUUCUCUUGGGUGUUUUUGAGUCUGGAAUGUUCCCAGGAUCUUUCUACUUGAUUUCCAUGUGGUACAAGCGUGAAGAAGCGCAGAAGCGGUGCACUUUCUUCUUCUCAUCCACUGUUUUUGCUGGCGCUUUUGGUGGCUUGCUUGCGAGUGCAAUUGGACUUAUGGACGGGAAAGGUGGGUAUCGGGGGUGGAGGUGGAUCUUUAUUCUUGAGGGUGUAUUGACCUGCGUCAUCUCACUCCUCUUCUACUUCAUUAUUACCGACUUCCCCGAGGGGGCUACCUUCCUAACGGACGCUGAGCGGGAAUUCGUUCGAGACCGCCUCAGAGAGGACGUUGGCGACCCGGUUCAGGAGGCCAAGUUGACCCCAAAGGUCACCCUCGGCGUCUUUAAAGACUUCAAAAUCUUCAUCGGAGGAUUCAUGUACUUUGGCAUCGUCGUGCCAGCCUACGGGUAUGCAUAUUUUGCGCCCACCAUCAUCCGGCAAUUUGGGUACAGCCCAAUCCAAACCCAACUCCGCUCCGUUCCCCCAUGGGCCGUCGCCUUUGUCUUCGCAAUGACUAUAGCGACAAUCUCCGACAGUGUAAGGCACCGCUUUCUCUUCACGGUAGUCCCAAUUUGCAUCUCUAUGGCGGGCUUUAUCAUCCUCUUGACGGUCCACAACAACAUCCACGUCCAGUACUUUGCUCUCUUCCUAGCAGCAAUGGGAAUGUAUACCGCUAUGCCGGUCGUCAUCUGCUGGUUCAACACAAACUUGGGAGGGCAUCACAGAAGAGUAGUCGGCACAGCCUGGCAAAUCGGCUUCGGUAACGUCGGCGGUGUUAUAUCUACGUACUCGUUCCUGUCGAAGGAUGCCCCAAGGUUUACGAAGGGGUACUCAAUCGGCCUGGCGUUCAUGUGCUUUUCGGUGCUGUCCUGUAUAGCGUACUUCUUGGCCGUGAGCCGGGAGAAUAGGAAGAGGGAUCAAGGCAUUGAUAAAUACUCUGGCGCGACUGAGGAGGAGAAGAAAUCUCUUGGGGAUCUGAGUCCGGAUUAUAGAUAUUUCUUGUAG